AACAUCAGCGCAACUGCUAUUCUACACUCACUCUGACAGAAGCGGAGUUUGUUGUCAACUGUUGCAUUAUAAAGAAGACGUUUCCUUUUUCGCAUAAUGGAGCUACAUUUCGUCUGUUCGAUGACGUAUCGCGGGUAAUCUCGCUUGCUCACAGAUGUUAUUCUGAGGAGAGACUAUGCAUUAUUCAGGAUGGGUGCGAACAAUGGCAAACAGAAUGGAAGUGAAGGAAAGGGUAGUUCCAGUAUCUCUUCCGACGUGAGCUCGAGCACUGAUCACACACCCACAAAAGCUCCCAAGAAUGUGGCUACCAGUGAAGAUUCAGACCUGAGCAUGAGGAAACUUAGCACUCCCAGCCCCGCUCUCAUUCUGAACCCAAAUCCUUCCUCUCUCCCCCCUCAAACGGUCCCCAAUGGCCACGAAACAUCUUCCUCUUCUUUUGUCUCCAGUGAAACAGUUGCCAUGGUGCACCUUCCUUCUGGGACAUGCUCAUGGCCUUCCAAAGCUCCUCACACCACCCUGAUUGAUGUUCUGCCUGAUCCCAUUCUCCUGCACAUCCUCUCGUUCCUCACCACCACUCAGCUGUGCCGCUGUGCUCGAGUGUGCCGCCGGUGGUAUAACCUUGCCUGGGAUCCACGGCUCUGGAGUAGUAUCCGUCUAACUGGAGAGCUGCUACAUGCUGACCGGGCCCUGAAAGUGCUCUCCCAUCGGUUAUGUCAGGAUACUCCCAAUGUUUGUCUGACCCUGGAGACAGUCGUAGCUAGCGGCUGCCGGAGGCUUUCUGAUCGUGGGCUUCGUGUUAUAGCUCAGUGCAGUCCAGAGCUGCGGCGUCUGGAAGUUGCUGGCUGCUAUAAUGUGUCCAACAAUGCUGUGUUUGAUGUGGUAUCCCAUUGUCCCAAUCUGGAGCACUUGAACGUAUCAGGUUGCCCUAAAGUGACCUGUAUCAGCCUGACUCAAGAGGCCUCUCUCCUGCUCACCCCACUACAUGGACAACAGAUUGGCUUGCGUUACCUGGACAUGACAGACUGUGUGUCCCUGGAGGAUGAAGGCUUGAGGACCAUCGCCUUUCACUGCCCGCGUCUCACGCACCUCUUCCUUCGCCGCUGCAUCCGCCUAACAGACGAUUCCCUGCGACAGUUAGCACUGCACUGCACCUCUUUACGCGAGCUUAGCCUCAGCGACUGCCAUCUAAUGGGAGACUUUGGCUUGCGUGAAGUUGCCCGCUUGGAGGGUCGCCUACGCUACCUAAGCGUAGCACAUUGUAUGCGCAUUACAGAUGUUGGAUUGCGCUAUGUAGCACGCUACUGUCCGCGGCUACGUUACCUGAACGCACGGGGCUGCGAGGGGCUAACAGACCAGGGUUUGAGCCACUUAGCUCGCAGCUGUCCCAGACUGCGAUCUCUUGAUGUUGGCCGUUGUCCGCUUGUGUCAGACAACGGGCUGGAAGUGUUGGCACGCUCCUGCGAGGGGCUUCGACGGUUGAGUCUGAGGGGAUGCGAGAGUGUGACAGGGAGAGGGCUAAUGGUAUUAGCGGCGGGAUGCCCCGAGUUGCAGUUACUGAACGUACAGGAGUGCGAGGUGCCUGCUGAGGCCCUUCGACUAGUCAGACAGCACUGCAGACGUUGUGUAAUAGAACACACCAUACCUGCUUUCUACUGAGGAGGCAGGUUGGGAUGCCAAGGAUGUGGACCCCUGGCAAGUGGAUGUUUAUACCUUGUGCCUUUCUAUGACUAUAUAUUGACAUGCUACAUGGUGACUAUGUCUCAAAGCCUAGUGAAUUGACUCGCUGUGUACAGCCAGAGAUCUUCUAUACAGAGAUAACGACCUCCAUGUUUUUAACAUUGGAGAGAGCGUAAUGGUGAACUAGCAUGUUACAACAGUAAGUCACCGUUUGCAGAUACCAGACAAAUAAAUGGGGAGAGCCGUAAACGGACCGCUACACCUGUCGCUAAAUUGUCUAUGUCUUCUCUUAUAAAAUAGCAAUUUUAUUAUAAUAAACUCCACACAUAGUUCAUUCCAAAAGGACUGUUUAGUGUAAAACAUAUUAAAGAACAGGCAGUCAGUUCAUUAAAUGAGCUGUUUCUUCACUAAAGCUGUUUAUUCAGCUGAAUCUCCUCCAUAGGCAUCUUGUCUCCUCGCCAGUGUACCCCCUAUAGAAUGUCUAUGGGGCAGCCGCAUUAUGCUGUCUUAGGCUAAGCUUGUAGAAGGGUUCUGCUACAGCCUUCAUAGACAACUGUUAAAACAAAUCCAUUUUACAACAUAAAACAAAUUCCAAUUGAAAUGGACACACAUAAUUAACCAUUUUGAGAUAUCCUUUAUUAGUAAUUUAAGCACAAGCGUAGUUCUAGCAGGAAGAUCUCGGGAUUCAUUCUAUUAGGCAUCUCAUCCAAUCACAAUACAGCCUCCACUUUAUAAGCCAGAUCAGCUGUCUCUCAUUGUUGGCUUACUUCCAUUGUUUUCACCCUCCCUCCACCCCAUCAUCACCAGUUUAGGUCCCAUCCUGGGUGGGGGUAAGCUCUGCUCCCCUGAUGUUAUAGCUUCUGGCAGGAUCCAACGGUUCAAGUAAGCAUCGGAGCGUUGAACUGUAGGAAAGGGCAUAUGCCAAAUUAUAUAAAUUCUUAUUAAUCCCAAUAAUAAGGAGUCUUUUCUGACAGAAAGUUCAUUAUAGGCCACUACUGCAUGUAACUCAAAUAACACAUCUCAUUGUGCAAUAUUCGUAGUUAAUUCUGACUUUAGCAUGCAAAUAAGCUAAGCUAAUGUGCUAAUGUCAGCAUUCAAAUUAUGUAGCUCACACAAAACUGGGGGAACUAAUUUUACAUUUUUAACUAUUAGGAAUGAUUUCAUAUUGAUACUCUUAAGGACUGAAUAUAGUGAAAAUGUAUACUGAAAAUAUUUAUAAUCAAUAUUGAUAUUGCCAUUGAAGCACAAAAAUUGGUUGUCCAGUCAGGCUGCACCCUUGGUUUUAAGACACCGUCUUAAGCUUAUAAUGGUGCUUCUUUACUAAUGAAGAAUAAUCAAAAAGUAUCAUGGUAAUACCUUGGUAUUUGCAAUAGGAAAGAGUAUCAUUAAAGUACUUUGGCGUACUACCAUGUAAAUUCUAUGGUAUUCAGUGAUAUGGUAUAUGUGAAGGUACCAUGGUAUUGCCAUCUGAUACAUCACUGUACUAUGUUACCACCACCACAAUAUUUGUGUAAGCUUGCAUCUUUAAAAGAACUACAUUAUGUAUAUAAUAGUAUUGAUCACAUGAAAGAGAUGCAUUAUUGUCACUGUACAACAUUAAGCUGCUUUUUGGGUUGACUAAUGUUUUUUUAUUUAAUUUUAAUUUUCUACAAAAGCCCUUUAGCUUUUAAAACAACAAGCUUUUAAAACUUUAAGUAUAUCUGAUUCUCCUAGUGUCCAUUUGAAAGAGAUAUCCAAUUCCAAGAGACCACAUUUGAUCAUUAAAAUGAGUAAAAAUGUGUGUAUUAGCACUUUAAAAGGCAUGUAUGAUAAUCACAAUGUUGUUUUAAGAUCUAAAACGAUCUUUUAUUUCAUAUUUCUACAUCACAGUGGUCAUGAUUAAAGGAGAUUUAUAAAUUAGUCUUAAGGUCUUAAUCUUGCUGCUAAAAGACUCAAUAAAGAGCUACUUAUUUAAAAUGAUUGAAAUUAUGUUCUUUUAAUUGACUUUUUAAAUUCAACAUCAAGAUUUCAGGUUCAAAUUUAUAUGAAUGAACAAGGGAAAGUAUAUAUCUUACCCAGAUAGCAAGAAGAUCUGGGCCAAAUAUUGAUUACUUUUUGGCACUUUUGGUUUGGUUUUGGUAGUGAAAUUUUAGCACCUUUGUGUUAAAUCAGCAUUGGCUGAAGUUGUGUUUGAAUCUGGUCAACCAAAAUAAACAAAGCAAAGACAGAUAUUCAUUUGCCUGAACAUUGACUUGAGUCUAACCAACGAAAUUUGGUUGAGAUCUGGAGU